UGGGCAUGCGCAAGGGGGCCCCGGGCCCGGCGGGCUGAGGACUCAGGUUGCUAGCUGUUGCGCCGCCAGCUCCCCUCGCCAGCGGCAACUUGGAGGUUGCAGCCACCAUUCGGGCCCACCGGGUGCCUUGGCCUCCUUGUGAACAGUGCACCGGCUCCACAGCGCGGGCCCCUAGGCCGGCCGCGUCCUCACGUGCCGAGGCAGCCGCAGUGACCCCGCCCCCGGGCCGAGGAUGUGAGACUGGCCGGGCGUCCCCGCACCGGGCCCGGGCGCCGGGAGUCGGCGGCUCGGCAGCGCUGGGCGAUGGCCCUGCUGCCGGUGCUCCUCGCCUCCUGGGGCUUGGGGCAGUGAGGGGCCGGCGGACGAGGGGAAAGGGCCCCGGCGCGGCGGGGACCAAAGGACCUCGGGCGCCAUGGAGGGGGUUCUGUACAAGUGGACCAACUAUCUGAGCGGUUGGCAGCCUAGAUGGUUCCUUCUCUGUGGGGGGAUAUUAUCCUAUUAUGAUUCUCCUGAAGAUGCCUGGAAAGGUUGCAAAGGGAGCAUCCAAAUGGCAGUCUGUGAAAUUCAAGUUCAUUCUGUAGAUAAUACACGCAUGGACCUGAUAAUCCCUGGGGAGCAGUAUUUCUACCUGAAGGCCAGAAGUGUGGCUGAGAGACAGCGGUGGCUGGUAGCCCUGGGGUCAGCCAAGGCUUGCCUGACCGACAGUAGGACCCAGAAGGAAAAAGAGUUUGCUGAAAACACUGAAAACUUGAAAACCAAAAUGUCGGAACUAAGACUCUACUGUGACCUCCUUGUUCAGCAAGUAGAUAAAACAAAAGAAGUGACCACAACUGGUGUGUCCAAUUCUGAGGAAGGAAUUGAUGUGGGAACUCUGCUGAAAUCAACCUGCAAUACUUUUCUGAAGACUUUGGAAGAAUGCAUGCAGAUCGCAAAUGCAGCCUUUACCUCUGAGCUACUCUAUCGCACUCCCCCAGGUUCACCACAGCUGGCCAUGCUCAAGUCCAACAAGAUGAAACAUCCUAUUAUACCGAUUCAUAAUUCAUUGGAAAGGCAAAUGGAGUUGAACAGUUGUGAAAAUGGAUCUUUACAUAUGGAAAUAAAUGCUGAUGAAGAAAUCCUAAUGAAAAAUAAGAGCUCCUUAUAUUUGAAACCUGCAGAGAUAGAUUGCAGCAUAUCAAGUGAAGAAAAUACAGAUCAUAAUAUAACAGUCCAAGGUGAGAUCAUGAAGGAAGAAGGAGAGGCCAACCUGGGAAAUCAUGACAGCAGCUUAGCACAGCCUGCAUCAGACUCCUCAAGUAGCUCUCCGGAAUCCCACUGGGAAGAAGGCCAAGAAAUCAUCCCAACUUUCUUUAGUACCAUGAAUACCAGCUUUAGUGACAUUGAACUUCUGGAAGACAGUGGCAUUCCCACAGAAGCAUUCUUGGCGUCCUGUUAUGCUGUGGUUCCGGUAUUAGACAAACUUGGCCCUACGGUGUUUGCUCCUGUUAAAAUGGAUCUUGUUGGAAAUAUUAAGAAAGUAAAUCAGAAGUAUAUAACCAACAAGGAAGAGUUCACCACCCUCCAGAAGAUAGUGCUGCAUGAAGUGGAGGCCGACGUAGCCCAGGUUAGGAACUCAGCUACAGAAGCCCUCUUGUGGCUGAAGAGAGGUCUCAAAUUUUUGAAGGGAUUUUUGACAGAAGUGAAAAAUGGAGAAAAGGAUAUCCAGACAGCCUUGAAUAACGCAUAUGGUAAAACAUUACGGCAGCACCACGGCUGGGUGGUUCGAGGGGUUUUUGCGUUAGCUCUGAGGGCAGCUCCAUCCUAUGAAGAUUUUGUCGCCGCAUUAACCAUAAAGGAAGGCGACCACCAGAAAGCAGCUUUCAGUGUUGGGAUGCAGAGGGACCUCAGCCUUUACCUCCCUGCCAUGGAAAAGCAGCUGGCGAUCCUGGACACUUUAUACGAGGUCCACGGACUGGAGUCUGAUGAGGUGGUAUGACGCCUGCAGGACUGCGCCGCCUCCUAACUUCAGGGAAUAAAGUCUGCUAAAGUGUUUCAUUGCCCUGCUUGAUUUCCAGCAGCAGCUUCAGCCCUCUCCAACCCCUUCCUUGGGGGGGAUGGAGAGAAGGAGGCAAAGCCUAGUGCUUUUAUAUAUAAUUUUUAAAAUGCAUAUGUCUUUUGUGUGUUUAAAAAUCAAGGUGCUACAUAUUUCAGUUCAAAGGGCCUCCUGGAAACCAAAUCAUAGCUGUUCUAAUAGAAUUGAACAGCAAGUUGUAAGAGCAGAUUUAACAAAUGAAUUUGUCGGUAUUGUGUUUUGUUUUUACCUUUUACUUUUAAUGAGCCUCCCAAACCCAAGCUGAAGAUGAGCAAAUUCUGUAUCAAGGAAUAUAACACAUAGCCAGUGUUUCAGUCAACUUAGACUAAAAACUGGGGGGAAGCUAAGUCCCUUUGUUGAAGCUAUUGAAAUGUAGAGUC